UUGUGUGAAAUAAGGAGGACGGGCACUCGGAUAGAAGAAUAUAGUAACUUCAUACUAUGCCACACGGGACACACACCUGGUAAACAUGGAGUCGGUUUCAUAAUAAAUAAAACUCGCAAGAACUGGUUUGAAAGUUUCAUGGGCAUAAAUGAUAGAGUAGCAUUAUUGAACUUAAACAUACAAGGAUUGCCCAUGUCUAUUAUCCAAAUAUAUGCACCGACUGAAACAGCGUGUGAAGAAGAGAUUAACACCUUCUACUCAAAUGUCGAUAGAGCUCUAGACCAAGCUCACAAGAACUAUAUAAUAAUGGGUGAUUUUAACGCGAAAAUAGGGCAACCAAGAAUAGAUGAACAUCUAAUAAUGAAACCAAACGGGAAUGGUAAAAGAAACCAGAGAGGUCAGAGGCUUAUUGAUUUCGCCCUUGAACAUAAACUGGCCAUCUUAAAUACUUUCUUUCAUAAAAAACCAAACCAAAGGUGGACCUGGCGAUCACCGAACAAUAAAUACAAAAAUGAAAUAGAUUAUGUACUGUCAAAUCAACCAAACAUCUUCCAAAACAUAGAAGUUUUAAAUUUGAACUACCCGUCAGACCACAGAGCAAUCAGAGCAACAAUGUCUAUCACCAAGCAGAAGAAAAAACGCACAGAGUAUAAAAGCAACCGCUAUUCAUCACUGAAAACCGAACAAGAAAUAUUAUUUUAUAAACAGAACAUCUCAUCUCAGUUACAAGAUUUACAUAAAUGCCAAGAAAAAACAUUAGUACAGGCUUUCUAUAAUACAUUAAGCAAGGCCAUAACCCAGAGCUUACAGAACGCUCGAACCCCCAACGAAAUAUCAAAAGGUAACCAUAAAGUUCUAAAAGAGCGCACACUGGAACUUAUCAAGAGAAGACAAGAGUUACAACAUGCUAAGAUAAAAACUCGAGCCACUAAAAAUGAAUUAUCAGCUCUAUACAAAUUGAUAACAACCACUUACCAUCAGGUGGACUGUGUGCUCGUUUGUCACCCUUAUCCUAUAAAAAAAAAAAAAAAAAAAAAAUACAUUAAACAUGACUACAAAAGCUACAGAUUGAAGACUAUCGAAAAACAUCUGGAAAAAGCAGGAAGCUCAAAGAAGGCUCUUAAAGAACUAAGAACAAAUAAAUAUUGGAUAGAUAGUUUAAACCGUAUGGACAAAACCGCAAAUAAUCGAAAAGAAAUCAUAGAUAUAGCAACCCAUUUUUAUAAAACAUUAUAUAAAGUACAAGAAAACGAGUGUACCGGCCAUAGAAACGCAAACCAUGUUAACUCUACAAACAAAAGCGGAAACAUAACACCAAUAACUGAAAAAGAAGUCACACAAGAAAUAAAAAGGCUAAAGAUAGAUAAGAGCCCAGGGCCAGACGGCAUUACAAAUGAAGCUAUAAAGGUUGCUUGGCCACUACUGACUCUCCCAUUAACACACUUAUUUAACCUUAUAUUAAAAACUGCUGAGAUACAAUCGCAGUGGGUAGAGUCAGAAAUAAUUUUAAUUUAUAAAAAAGGUGACUCAAAAGAUAUCACAAAUUACAGGCCUAUAAGCUUACUCUCGUGUAUCUACAAACUGUUUUCCUCCAUAAUUAACAAAAGAAUAAGUGUCACAAUAGAAGCAAACCAACCUAUAGAACAAGCAGGCUUUCGCAAAGGCUUUUCAACAAUCGAUCAUAUAUAUACUCUAGAACAAAUAAUGGAGAAAUACCAAGAGAAGCAAAGAACGCUCUACAUCGCAUAUAUCGAUUACAAAAAAGCUUUUGAUACCGUGUCACAUUCAAGCAUAUGGACCGCCCUGCAAGCUCAAAAAGUUGAACAAGGGUAUAUAGAUAUAAUCAGAAACAUUUACAAAGGUAGCACAGCAAAAAUAAAACUAGAAUCCACUGGUCCUACAUUCUCCAUCGGAAGAGGUGUGAAACAAGGCGACCCGCUGUCUCCAAAAUUAUUUAUAUCUAUCCUAGAGUCAAUAAUAAAAAGAUUCAACUGGGAAAAGAUAGGAUUAAACAUCAAUGGCAAUUAUUUAUCCCAUCUACGCUUCGCGGAUGACUUAGUUCUGCUGUCAGAAUCUAGCACACAAUUACAAAACAUGAUCGAUUCACUAAACACAGCUAGCAAACAGGUAGGACUAGAAAUUAAUCUUUCAAAAACAAUGGUCAUGACAAAUAGCAUACAGAGAAGAAUAUCAGUGGACAAUGAAACUUUGAAAUAUACAGAGAAUUACAUAUACCUUGGAAAACAAAUUGGCUUCAACAGAAAACAAAAUGAACUAGAAGUAGAACGAAGAGUACAAAAUACUUGGAACAAAUACUGGUCCUUAAAAGAGAUAUUCAAAAGUAACAUGCCAACAAAUAUCAAAACAAAAGUCAUGAUGUCAUGCCUCCUACCUUGUCUAACCUACGCAUGUCAAACUUGGAAAUUUACAUCCAAAUUAAAAAGCAAAAUCACUACUUGCCAACGCGGCAUAGAACGAAGUAUGCUCAACAUUAAAAAGAUGCAAAAAAUCCGUCACACCAAAAUUAGAGAAAUCACCAAAGCAACGGAUGCCCUAACCUACGCUAAAAAACUAAAAUGGAAGUGGGCUGGACACGUAGCGAGGCUAAAGGACGAGAGAUGGACCACCAGGGUAACAACGUGGAAGGGUCCAAUCGGCAAACGUCUCAAAGGCAGACCUCACACGAGAUGGGCAGACGAUUUGAUAAGAACAGCUGGUAUCUGCUGGCCGCAAAUAGCUCAAGAUAGAGACACAUGGAAUUCUUUAGAGGAGGCCUUCACCUUCACUUGA